AUUACGUGGAAGCUUCAGCAUUCUUCACGCCCAUUACAAAAGCUUUCUUCUUCUCAAACAUCUGAUUAAAAAUUAUAACAAUAAACAGAUCUGUGUGAUUUUGUGUUUUGACUUUUGAUCUCGAGACAAACAAGAAACUAAAACAGACAGUGUUUGUAUAUUUCGGACAAACAAGACGUUAAAAAGCUGCCUUGUCUUACAAGAAACUAGAUUUUGUCUCGGGGUCGAUCUUAUCUCCAAACAGAGAGAAAUUAACAGAGACAUGGGAGGUGCAGUGACGAAAUCUGAAACUCUGCAAAAAGAAUGGGUUCCAGAGACAAAGUUGGAGGCUAAGAUCAUAGAAGCCGUGCAACGCAGGGCAUCGAGGGGCACCACAAUGAAAUCUUUCAACAGUAUUGUUCUCAAGUUCCCAAAGAUCGAUGAUGGUCUUCGAAACUGCAAAGCCAUUUUCCAAGAAUUCGAUGAGGAUUCAAACGGGUCAAUAGAUCACACGGAGCUAAAGAAUUGUAUCAGGAAGCUAGAGAUCUCGUUCGAUGAAGAAGAGAUUAAUGAUUUGUUCAAGGCUUGCGAUAUUAACGAGGAUAUGGGAAUUACAUUUACAGAAUUCAUUGUUCUUCUUUGCCUCGUCUAUCUUCUUAAAGACGAUUCAUCCACUCUCCAAAAGAAAUGGACAAUGGGAAUGCCAAAGCUGGAACCAACAUUCGAGACGCUUGUUGACACAUUUGUGUUCCUAGACGAGAACAAGGACGGAUAUGUUAGCCGCGAGGAGAUGGUCCGAGCCAUUGAUGAAUCAGGAGAACGAUCCUCCGGGCGGAUUGCAAUGAAGAGAUUUGGUUUAUUCUUAAACUCCCUCCCUCUUCUUCUCAAGCUUUCUUCUUCACUGAACCAAGAAUAUUGAUUUUGAUUCCUGUGUCUGCAGAGGAAAUGGACUGGGACAAGAACGGAAUGGUGAACUUCAAAGAGUUUCUCUUCGCAUUUACGCAGUGGGUUGGGAUAGAUGAGAAUGAAGAAGAAGAAGAAGAAGACAACAAUGAGAAAGCUUAAAUGUUAUGAGUUUCUAAGUCUAAAUAUGUGUUUUGUGUUUGCAGAAUCUAGUAGUAACAAAAGAUAUUAAUUAGUUGAUGUUUAUGUUAACGCAAACAUAAUAAUUCAUUACCAAAC